GCAUCGGGCCCCCAGGAGGGGCGACCGGCAUCGGGCCCCCAGGAGGGGCGACAGGCAUCGGGCCCCCAGGCGGGGCGACAGGCAUCGGGCCCCCAGGCGGAGCGGCGGGCGCCGGACCCCCAGGUGGAGCGACAGGUCUCGGGCCCUCAGGCGGAGCGGCGGGCGCCGGACCCCCAGGUGGAGCGACAGGUCUCGGGCCCUCAGGCGGAGCGGCGGGCGCUGGACCCCCAGGCGGAGCGACAGGUCUCGGGCCCUCAGGCGGAGCGGCAGGUGCCGGACCCCCAGGUGGAGCGACAGGUCUCGGGCCCCCAGGCGGAGCGACAGGUCUCGGGCCCUCAGGCGGAGCGACAGGCGCCGGACCCCCAGGUGGAGCGACAGGUCUCGGGCCCCCAGGCGGAGCGACAGGUCUCGGGCCCUCAGGCAGAGCGGCGGGCGCGCGAGUCAUCUGGCACGACAGUGGGCUCCGAGUCAACUGGCAUGACCGCUGGCACU